UUGGACAACCCCCUGAGCUGAUGUUGACCAAUGGGUACAGAGACUUACACGCUUCACAAACGGGUAGGGCCAUAAAUUGACGUGAAUUGUCAAAACGAUACAAAACAUCUGAUCCUGUCAUUACUGGAAACACCGAAAACACCGACUUCUUGCCUGCCAUGAUGAUGGAUCUCACCCAGCCACUGUAUGUAGACUGUAGCGUGGAAUAUGAUUUGGACAUGACCAGGUUCCCUGGUUGGGACGACCCCCGGGCCAGAGCCCAGCCCGCCUUACUGCUUCAUCUCCCCGACCACGAAUCUUGCCUAUGUUACCACGGAUGUCCGUCUCCUGAGGACGAGCUCCAGACUAUCCUACGGGAAUUCAGUACUACCGAGGACCAGCUCCAGGAAAUCAUCGAGGAGUUCUGCUUAGAUAUGGAGUCUUCUGAGGACGAACUGUCAUCAUUUGUUGAUGAUGUGCUCGGUUCCACGGAUGGCCUGUUGAUGAUGUCGGAUGCAGUAAGCUCACCAGAUAGUGACGACUUCAAGUCUCCAGACACGGCUCUAUCCAGCACAGAUACAACCUUUAUAGAUGAGACCUGGCCGGAUUUCCUGUGUGGGUCCUAUAUCAUCGACCAGAUGUCGCCGAGUUUAGAUUCGUCGUCCUCAUCAGCACAUUUACCGAUCGUUGAUUUCGACUUUCUCCUCUGCAGUCCUCACCAAGGAUCGGAGCGUCCCUACAGGAAGAGGAAGGAUUCCGGUGAACUCGAUCAUCGGCCAUCAGCCAAGAGACCCUGUUACCAUGGCAACGCCCUCCUCAGCGAAGUGUAUUCGACCUUCACCGCGACCAACGACUUCAACUCAUUUGAGAACGAGAUGAGAUACGGACUCAGUGUGUGUGUUCGCGACUGAAAUAACAAAAAUGUUCAGUGUAUAUAAUAUGUGGACAAUGGAACUGUCAACGGAAAAUUCUGUUAUAUUGUACGUGAUGUGGUCAUACAAUGGAUAUUUUAAUUAUAUAAUUCGUUAAUUAUGUAAAUGACUGACAUUAUCUAGUGCUUUUACUUGUUAUUACACAUGUGUUAUUGGACCUGUUAUGAGUGAUUACUUGUUAUAACAUCAAAGUUAAUUAAAUAACAGAAAAACAAAUAAUUUUGUUGUUUUUUAUUUAGCUGUCGUCUUACAAAAGUUAUUCCCCCUAUCCUCGGUCGAGUGAACAAAUAUUCAUCAGUUUAGAUAUGAAAUUUGAUGAAGAUCGAUUAAGUAUUUUCUGAGAAAAAGCGGUCGAAAACUUGAACCUGUUUAACUGGCGCCUUAGUUCCCAUCAGUUUCAAAAUUUGAUUUGAACAAAUAGGAAACCUACAUAUAAAAAAUAACAAAGAGCCAUCGUGUUAUUUCGGUAAAAUAGCGAUAACAAGAAUUGUUUACGGACGGACGACAGACUAAACGCGUUAUGAUGCGGUGGCCUAAAAAAAUCCAAGACGCUUCCCGGUGGCCAUUUUUUAUUUAUCCAUGCAGUUAGAUUUGAAAAUCAAAUAACUUGGUGGCAAGAGGCCAUGAAAUAAAGCAAUAUCGACAACAUGUGAUGUUUAAGGGCCGGGGACGAAGGGCGAUUUGAACAGCAAAUCACAUGUCGAAAUACAAUUGUCCUGGUAAAAUCUGCGGUCAAAUCGAGCAGUUGAGAAAAGAGAAAAGAUUUCAUUAUCAAACCAUUUCAAAAUAUUUAUUGCACAGUUUCAAUAACCUAGAUUAAUACACUUAUACAAACAUAGAGUACCAACAAUGUAAGUAUAUCAUUUGAUUACGUGGAUGUAAGCCCACUCUCCUCUGUUCUAAUAGCUGUUUUAAGAAUGUAUAAGUUACUCGCACACUCUCAGAGUUAUAAGCCGAUAUAUAGAAUCUUACGUUGACAUGUACAGUCGACAGGGAUACCACAACCCGAGUUGGCUGGCUAUCAAAGUCCUGUCGAUUAUUAUAUCUAUCGGUGCUCUUCCUCUACAAGUGUAUGUCAGUUAGUAGUCCAUUCAUUUAAUCUUUUGGUGUUUCAGCCAAUCAAUUUCUAUUUAUUCAUUUCACUCAG